UCAAGGCGCGACACGGACAGGCUGUCACUUUUUAGUCGCUGGCAUUAUUAGCUCACGAUUAUUUAUUGAUGUCUUUUGGCGAAUUAACAUGGGGAAUAAAUUAAAUACGACUUCAGGAGGACGAGGAUACACGACCUGCCGAGUGAAAAGAAGGUAGUGGACAACCCUGAAGUCAAGAGCUUCGCCAAACACACCUUCUGCUAUCCCAGUAUACCUUCAUUACAAUGAAGGUCCCAAAGCUGGCCUUCGUCUUCCUUCUGGUGGUCUGCCUUGUGGUCUACCUCACGUACGUGAAACACCGCUUUGAGAACAGGAAACCAUCCAAGCCGUUACUGGAGGAGGUUUACAGAACAGACCUCCGUAAGAGGCCGACGUCGGUGGGGCUGGUCAAUGAGAGAUUCCGCUACGGCAUUAUGUUUGAUGCUGGAAGCACCGGAACAAGAGUACAUGUCUUCCAGUUUCAACUGGAAUCCAACGGGGUUCCUAAAUUGGGACCUGAGACUUUUAAAGCAAUAAAGCCAGGACUCUCUGCGUACGCCGAUGAUCCAGAAAAGGGUAAAGCAGGACUGUUGGAGCUGUUGGAGGUGGCGAAGCAGACGGUGCCUCCUGCUCAGUGGUCCUCCACACCUCUGGCCCUGCGAGCCACAGCAGGACUCAGGCUUCUGCCGGGGGAGAAAGCAACACACCUCCUCGACAAGGUGAGGGAGGUAUUUGCUGCGUCUUCAUUCCUUUACAAGCCCGACAGCGUGUCAAUCAUGGAUGGCACAGAUGAAGGAGUCUCCGCUUGGAUCACCGUCAACUUCUUAUUAGGUGGUCUUCAUGGGUCUAACGUUCCUACAGUGGGCAUGCUGGAUCUGGGAGGUGGCUCAACCCAGAUCACUUUCUCACCACAGGAUGAGAAAACCAUCCAGACCUCCCCAGUCGAUUACGUAACGUCGUUUCAGAUGUUCAACGCUAGCCGCACCCUCUAUUCACACAGUUACCUGGGACUUGGUUUGAUGUCCGCCAGACUGGCCGUGUUGGGAGGGGUUGAAGGACAGCCUGUAGGGGGCAGUCAGGAGCUGGUGAGUCCGUGUCUGGCUCCAGACUACACCGGAGCGUGGGAACAUGCAGAGGUCACCUACACCCUAAAGGGCCAGAAAGCAGGAGAGCCCAUCUACGAGUCCUGCUUGAGUAAAGUGGAGAAGAUGAUCUACAAACGAGUGCAGAAAGCAGAAGAGGUGAAGCACAUGGAGUUCUAUGCGUUCUCCUAUUACUAUGACCGUGCUGUGGACCUGGGCCUUAUCGAGGAGAAGACGGGAGGCUCCCUCCGACUAAGAAACUACGUAGAUGGUGCCAAAACAGCGUGUAAGAACAUGGAAGCUGGUGCAGGAGAAAACCCUUUCCUCUGUCUGGACCUCAUUUACAUCUCAGUGCUGCUGCAGGAGCUUGGCUUUCCUCUGGACAAGGAGCUGAAGCUGGCCAGAAAAAUCCAUGACGUCGAGACGAGCUGGGCUUUAGGAGCCACGUUCUAUUACAUGGAAUCUCUCCACAGACAUUAACCUGAUCCAUUUGAGUCCAAAAAAAAAAAAAUUAACACAGCUUCACAGGCUUUUACAACGGAAGAGGUAAAGACCCCAAUGACCCAAGAAUGAAUUAAAGCACCUGAAGAGUGCACUGAUCUAGGAUCAGCUCCUUUCUUGAUUAAACUGAAAAACCUGUUAAGGAACAGGACUAUGGAUCUAAAUUUGUCGUCUUUAGACGUUUCUUCUUUAUUCUCUGCACUAAUGCAGCUGCAAACCUCACCUUUUAUAGUUUCUCAUUCGUGAUACGGUUUAUGUACCCUGGGGGCGUUUGACCGCCUCACGGCUUCGUGGCUCAGUCCUGAGCUUGGAGGAAGUCAUGUGAAAUGCUCUAAAAAUCAUACAGGCAAGUGGACAAGCAGGAGAAAUUUUUUUUUUUUUGGACAAGUUUGCAACUCUGAGCCAUGAUUCUGCUGAUGUUUGAAUUUUUCAUGCAAAAUUGUGACCGACGCCUGUCAUUUUGCAAAAAAUGAUAGUUAUCAAAUUAUUCAUUCAGCCUUAUUCUACUGGCAUAUUGCAUACUGGCUCUUUCCUUAUUGAGAAAUGCUUAAUUUUUUUUUUAUAAAUUGGAAAUGCUAGCUGUAUCUGAAGGUAUAAGAUAUUGGCACUUGCUAAGAUUUUAUUUCCUGCAGUGCUUUCAAUUCCAACAUGCUCCCAGUUUUCUACACACACAAAAAAAAAAAUUCAGGUUUUACAUCAUGAUGUAAAAAUGCAUUUUGAACAAAAAGUAACUCGAGUUGGAGUAGAUGGACAUUUUGGCUAUGAUCACUUCCUACUGUGACUUUUUAAAAAGCUGUACAGGGUGGGCCAGGUUUGACAUUCAGGUCAAGCCUGGGCUUGAUUUAAGGGGGAACAACCCUUUUAGUUUUUAAUCAUGAUCAAAUAAGACUAGUUCACACCUAAUGAUCCAUGGGGUGAAGGGAAGAAAAAAAAAAAAAAGUUCUCUGCCUUAGAAAUGCAAACCUAGGCCCUGUGACUUUUUUUUUUUUUUAAUUUAAGAUCUGCUUGAUUUGUCAGUUUCACAUGACCCAGACAGCGGCACGGUGGUGUAGUGGUUAGCGCUGUCACCUCACAGCAAGAAGGUCCGGGUUCGAGCCCCGUGGCCGGCGAGGGCCUUUUUGUGCGGAGUUUGCAUGUUCUCCCCGUGUCCGCAUGGGUUUCCUCUGGGUGCUCCGGUUUCCCCCACAGUCCAAAGACAUGCAGGUUAGGUUAACUGGUGACUCUAAAUUGACCGUAGGUGUGAAUGUGAGUGCGAAUGGUUGUCUGUCUGAGGUGGGGUUUACAUUAGACCGUAUCAGCGGAUCAUCAGAUUAACGUUUUUAAAACGAUUAGCGUGCACACAGCAACGCCAAUACACGGAUACGCUCGGCUCCGCAGGCAUCCUGCGCUCCAAAUCACUCCGCCCUGAACAGUGAGUGCCCUCUGGAGGGUGCGCACUCCGGCCCUGCGCAGCUCACAGAGCGCGCGAGUAUAGCGCACGAGCAGUGAUUCGGGACUGAGCCGCUGUGUGUGUGAUCCCAGCGCAUAUCACUUACCACUUGCAAGUGGAAGGAUGGCAAGCCUAAAGACAAUCAUAACUACACAAUGGGCAGUAUUUGCAUCAGUAUUUGCAGUAUUUUCAUACUUUUAUACUCUUUAAUGAAAGGUGAUACAAGGCGGAAGUCCGCGCUGUUUUUCAGCAGUCGCGUCACAUGACCAACGCCAGCGAAUCAGGAAGGUGGAUGUCACAGUGAUGUUGUCCAAUGACGACACCAGCUAGAGCUCAGCACAGCGUAGCCGCGUAUUCUCAAUGUUUACACAGCACCGGACCAGACACGACCUGGAUUGAAUACGUGGACGCUGGCGGAUUCCCGUUUCCCGGCGUUUUAAUGUAAACGGACAGUGCAUCCGCAAAGAAAAUGAGACAGAUACGGUCUAAUGUAAACUUGGCCUAUGUGUCAGCCCUGUGAUGACCUGGCGACUUGUCCAGGGUGUACCCCGCCUUUCGCCCAUAGUCAGCUGGGAUAGGCUCUAGCUUGCCUGCGACCCUGUAGAAGGAUAAAGCGGCUAGAGAUAAUGAGAUGAGACAUGACCCAGACGUAUACUUCUUGAUAAAUACAGAAGACUGUGCUGGUUAUCUGAUCAUAUCUUGGACCAGCUCUCAGACAGAUCUUUAGUGUGUGUCCAAGUAUAGUUACUGCACUAAGUAGGAUUAAAAUGCCCGUCAGGCUAGGGGGGAGAAGAGUGACAUUUUGAUUCAAGGAAGCUAAUAAAUAUAUGGCUGGUACACACACAAGCCCUGGGACUACUACAGAAAUGUCACUCAGUUGUAUUUGCAUUACUGGUACUUUGCGCUCUGGGAAAAGUUGGUCUGCAUCUUGAUUGUAUUUAAUAUUGAUUUUUCUAUGGAAUGUGAAAUGAAAUACCUCUUCUAUAUUGAAUGUUCUUGUUUAAAUCAAGUAUGAAAUGUGUUGACUGGUGAAAUGAGCUGCUUUGCAUUUGUAUCAUGAUGAAGCUUGCCAUAAUGUACUCUGGGUUUUUUUUUUUUUUUUGGGGGGGGGGGAAUAUAAAGCUGAAAGUUCUACUA